GUCGUCAGAGAAUUCAAUUCAAGGUGGUUGUGUGUGAGUUUUUUGUUGUCACUCUUUGUGCGAAUUGUUCGGAAUAUUUUGCUUUCAAAUUUUAUUAAGUGCAGCGCAGUGAUUUGCUACUUUUUUUAUUGUUGUUUUACAUUAAGUUUGCAACGGCUAGUGACAGUAGAGGAGCAUUGAGAUAAAUUUGAUUUUAGAAACGCACACAAUUAGAAUAUUUACAUAACUUUUGUUAAAAUAAUUGCAAGAAAGCAGAACGUGUUAAGUUUUGCUUGGAAAUAAAUACUUUAUUAGCGAAGGGGUCAAUAAUUCAUUGGCAGCUAGUAUUUGUUGUUUUGACUGUAACAGCAACAAUAACAACAGGCAAGAAACUAAAUACAUAGAUAAUUAUAUUUUUAUUAAUCGAGACUUGAUUUGAAAACAAAUUGCAAAAUGUCUAAAAAAGGUGCUGCUGGUAUGGCUGGAAGAUUUUUUGAAAAUCUUAAAAGCAAAGAAUUCCGUGAAUAUUUAAUGAGUACACAUUUCUGGGGUCCAGUGGCUAAUUGGGGUAUUCCUAUUGCUGCUUUAGCGGACAUUAAGAAAGAUCCUAAAAUUAUUUCUGGACGCAUGACAUUGGCUCUUACCCUAUACUCCUUUGUAUUUAUGCGUUUCGCCUGGAAGGUACAACCUAGAAAUAUGCUGCUAUUCGCCUGCCAUUUAACUAAUUCAACUGCACAAUCUAUACAGGGUGUGCGUUUUAUCAACUACAAUUAUUUAUCCGAUAACAAGGAUAAGAAACAAGCUGCCUAAAAAAGACACAAAUUCAAAUAAUCUUAACAAUAUACAACAAAAAACAUAGCAUAAAUUUAGCAAAAAAAAGAACAGGAACACAAAAAGUAUGUUUUUUUAAAAAACAUCCUUAUAAAAAUCUAGUUUAAUUUUGUUAAACAAAUUUAAAAUCUAUUGAAAUCUCUCUUGAAACAAAGCACGAUGUUUAGAUUAAAUGUUGUUCGUUUGUUUUAUUAUAAUUAUUUUUUAACAAACAACAAAACACCUGUUAAUAAUAUUUACAAAAACAUAAACAAAUGUACAAUAACUCUAGUUAAAUAUGAAUAUAAAAUAAAUAUUAGCGCAAAAAUAAAAAUAACAAAACUAUUAAUUGGCCUAAUUGUAGUUAAAUUUCAAAUAUUAUUAACUGAACGCAAUGGAUUGGCAAUCACGCAUAAAU